AUGGGCAAGGACCAGGGCCCGGGCAAAGGCCAAGGGCAAGGACCAGGGCCUGGGCAAACGCCAAGGGCCCAGGCAAAGGGCAAGGGCCAAGUCCAAGGGCCAAAGCCAAGGGCCCAGGGAAAGGUCCCAGGGAAAGGCCAAGGCCAAGGGCCCAGGCAAAGGGCCCUGGCAAUAGCCAAAGCUUGUCCAAAGGGCCCGGGGCAAACUCAAGGCCAAGGGCCUGGACAAAGGCCCCUGACCAAGGGCCCGGGCCAAGGCCAAGGACCAAAGCCAAGGGCCCGGGCAAAUGCCCCUGGCCAAGGUCAAGGGCAAAUGCCAAGGGCCUGGUCAAAGUCAAGGGUUGGGCAAAGGGCCUGGGGCAAGAUCAAGGCCAAGGGCCCGGACAAAGGCCCCUGGGCAAGGACCAGGGCCCGGUCAAAGGCCAAGGUUAAAGGCCAAGGGCCAAAGCCAAAGGCCCGGUCAAAGGCCCCUGGGCAAGGACAAGGGUCCGGGCAAAGGCCAAGGGCAAAGGCCAAGGGCAAAUGCCAAGGGCAAAUGCCAAGGGCCCGGUCAAAGUCAAGUGUUGGGCAAAGGGCCCGGGGCAAGAUCAAGGCCAAGGGCCCGGACAAAGGGCCCAAGCAUAGGGCCCAGGCAAAAGCCAAGGGACCGGACAAAGGUCAAGGCCAAGGGCUUCGGCAAAGGCCAAGGGUAAAUGCCAAGGGCCUGGUGAAAGGGCAAGGGCCCAGGCAAAGGGUCCAAGCAAAGGGCCCAGAUAAAAGCCAAGGCUUGGGCAAAGGGCCUGGGGCAAGAUCAAGGCCAAGGGCCCGGACAAAGGCCCCUGGCCAAGGGCCCGGGGAAAGGCCAAGGGCAAAUGCCAAGGGCAAAUGCCAAGGGCAAAUGCCAAGGGCCCAGUCAAAGGGCAGGGCCAAGGACAAGGGCCAAAGCCAAGGGCCCAUGCCAAGGGCCUAA